AUGCUUCCCCUUGUCCCGCUCUACGGGCUCGUCCUCACCGCCCUCGUCGGGCUCGUCACGCCCCUGCCCCGCGAGGCCCUCGCCCACGACGGCAACGAAGGCCCCGGAAACCCUGGCCACUGGCCCAGAUCUCCUCGCGAUACUCCUCCAGACUCAGCCCCAGAGUGCCGGAGCGCCCGCGGCGUCAAGUUCACCCGCUACGACAGGCCCUUCGCACCCUCGAGGUCCGCCAUGUACCGACCCUUCGACCCGCAGCAUCUGUCGCCCCUCAAGCCCGCCCAGCAUGGCAUCGUCCAGGCCAUCUCCAACAAGCCUGCUGCCGACCAGGCCAACGCCUACAGCAACGUCGCUGUUCUGUACGAGUCCUACUUGCACGUCAAAACAAGCGGCACGUACAAAUUCGCCUUUCGUCGUCCCCGAACCGUGGCCUUGGCAUGGCUGGGCGCCGACCACGCCCGAGAACAGACACUCCGCAACGCAGACAUUGCUCAUUUGAACGGUGGAGGUGACGCGGCCAAGGAAAAGGCGGAGAGAGCCCUCCUGGCCGGUACUUUCUACCCUGUCACGGUCUUAUGGGGGAACAAGGGUCGCCAUGGAAACCUGGAAUUUGACGUCGAGGGUCCCGACGGUGAAAUCUUGAGCGGUUCCAAGGACGGCAAUGCCUACUUUGUAACCGAACCCUGCGGCCAGUAA